CGCAAACCUCGUUCUGUUGAUGGGAUUCGCAGUCAACGCAACCACCCCUACAAUCACGGCGGUCAUUUGGGCGCCGGUGGUCAGUCCUUCUUUAUGACAGGCGACUCGGCCACUUCGAUUUUGGGUUCGGGUCAACCCGGCCAACAACAACAGGGGAAUCAAAUGCGGCCCCAAUCCGCCAGACCUCACAAUUCUGGAAUGACUUCAAGGGUGUGCAACCUCUAUCUGCAAUCGGAUACUUUUCUGUGGGAUCAUGUCAUCAAGUUGCCUCAUAUUCGAUUCAAUCGCGACUUGGCGAUCAAAGAGAUCACCUCCAUAUUCACUCAACAUGUACAGGGCGCCCAAGCCAUCUAUCAAUACACCAACUUCAAAGAUGCCUCUGAUUCCAAUCCAACUAUCUCAAGUGCGGUUCUAAAACUAUCAGUCCUUGAAAUGAUAGUCAACGAUACGGAUACAUAUCUGAUCGAAACUUGCUGUGGAAUGCUUUCCUCCACCUUAUUUAUAUGUCCUAAUCCGUCAGCCUAG